CGGUAAUGUUUUUUAUGUUGAUUGUAAACUAUAAUUAGUGUAUCAAAUGUAAUGCAGUUGCAGUGUAACAUCUCGUGGAUUGUCCUCAAUUACAUUGUUCUCUUCCUUGGCAGCAGUAUGAAGAGCAUUCUGAUACUAAAUAUUUUACUUGGGUUUACUUAUUCGGACCUGGGGCCUUGCCAUCCGGUCAUUCCUGUACAUGUGGAUAUCUGCAGAUGGCCUAUCCAAAUGUACAUCAACUUUUACACGGACAACCUAGGACAGACAUGCUCUUGGGUCAACCGCUACCUCAAUUAUACAUAUGACGGCCAAAUACAAAUAGCUGAACAGUACCUGCGCUUUGUGUAUGGGGAACCUACAAUCACUGCAGUGUAUGCCCAAUACGUAGACAAAGGACAUUACGAAUAUAUUGGUGUGAGAAACGGGAAAUUCGUAUCUCUACACGUGUACUUUUUGUUGUUCGAUCCGCCCAACCUUGACAUCCACUACGUCUGUACAAGCGAUCCUGACUUUAAAAAUGGAAAAGGCACUGGCAGUGUCUAUAUCGAAAGCAUAUACCCAGAUGGACCGGAGGAAGAUCAGGCGACAAUCAAUAGAGUACUUACACUAAGCGGCUUUGAUCCAUCGGAACUCAUUAGGAUAAAUAAUAAAUGCAACUGUUCCAUCAUUCCAGAUCAUUUUGGAACGGGUAAAUGCCCAAACAUGAACAACAAAGGGUCUAAUUCAACUAAUACAAAAAUAUGGGAUGAAUGUUGACUAGUGAACACCAUUGUACACUACUUGUAAUAAUUACUGUUUUCUCAAGUUAUACAAUAAAUUAAAAGUAUUUUAUUUUUA